CUGAGGGGGUUGGAAAUUGCAGCGGGGACUCUAUUCCUUGCGCAGAAAUAGGUUUUCCUCCACUAAGGCUGAUAAAAAACUAUUAGGAUUCCCAGUUUUCUUAAACUGUCUGUCCCAUAAUGCAGCAAUUGUGAGAAGGGAGCACAUCAUUCAUAUUCCCAAUUCUCACAAUACAUACCUACGGUGAAAGGAGGGUGGGAAUUUUAACUUUUCACCUAGAAAAAGGGAGACACAACUUAGUUGUUAGGUUUCAACUUUCAUCACCACCAGGCUGCUGAAGGGCCACAGGUUAUCCAUGCUUGCCCUAGGAUGUUCAACUUAAAAGCAUUAAUACCACUAACUGUUUGGCAGAUGUAGUUACCCAAACUAGCAACCCCAGUCAACAUUUGUAUCUGAUUGUAUCUAAGGGACGCGGGUGGCGCUGUUUUCUAAACCACUGAGCCUCUUGGGCUUGCUGAUCAGAAGGUCGGCGGUUCGAAUCCCCACAACAGAGUGAGCUCCCAUUGCUCCGUCCCAGCUCCUGCCAACCUAGCCAUUCGAAAGCAUGCCAGUGCAAGUAGAUAAAUAGAUACCACUGUGGCAGGAAGGUAAACGGCAUUUCCAUGCACUCCAGUUUCCAUCACGGUGCCCCAUUGUGCCAGAAGCAGUUUAGCCAUGCUGACCACAUUACCUGGAAAGCUGUCUGUGGACAAACACCAGCUCCAUCAGCCUGAAAGCAAGAUGAGCGCUGCAACUCCAUAGUCACCUUUGACUGGACUCACCAUCAAAGGGUCCUUUACCUCCCCCCCCUUUUUUUUUUACUAAUUACCACUUUUAACUGUGUGUGAUGGUGGGGGAAGCUGUGUUAGAACCAGCUAUCUAUACCAACUUGUAUCACAGAAAAUGUGCUACCUAUAUGCUAUGUCUAUAUGCCUUAAAAUAAACCUAUAUACCAGCAGUGGGAACGUAAUUGUUUCCGAAGAGCUGGCCUUGGAAAACCUAGCCUUGAGGCUUCACAAACCAGCCACUUUGUAGAGUCAUAUACCAAAGGUGGAGAGGUGUUAGGUCAAUAAUUUUUCUUCUUCUCUUGGACAAUUAUGGGUUUUAGAUAUGUUUACUCCCAAUCAAUAUUUGCUGUACUCAGCAGUCCACAACUUAUGACCGCUGAAACAUUAUUAUUUGCUUUAGGUGUUGACUGGUUCAGAAAAAAGGUGGUGUCUGUUUCUGUAAUCUUCAGUGUAAAGAAACAGGUAACUAACUUUAUAUAGUAAAAACUCUCUAGGUUGAAAUGGGCAAUAAAACACUUUUUCAGCAAUAGUCCUUUGAAAGUCAGGACUGAAAUUAGCACCCUUCAACUUAAUGGUUAUUUUUCUUCUUCUUUACCCUUUUAAAGAUCAUGAAUGGCAAAUGCUAUGAACGAAUGCUUCUUUUUUACCAAACACUUCCUUAAAAUAGAGAAGAUUAACAUAGAGCGCAUUGCAAUAGUCCGAGCAGGACAUAACCAUCGCAUGCACCAUUCUGGCAAGAAGGGUCUCAGCCAGUGUUAUAUGGUCUCGGCAGCCACUCCUAGUCACCAGUCCAGCUGCCGCAUUCUGGAUUAGUUGUAGUUUCCGGGUCACCUUCAAAGGUAGCCCCACAUAGAGCGCAUGGCAGUAGUUCAAGCAGGUGAUAACUAGAGCAUGCACCACUCUGGCGAGACAGUCUGCGGGCCGGUAGGGUCUCAGCCAGUGUAUCAGAUGGAGCUGAUAAACAGCUGCCCUGGACACAGAAUUGACCUGCGCCUCCAUGGACAGCCGUGAGUCCAGAAUGACUCCCAGGCUGCGCACCUGGUCCUUCAGGGGUACAGUUACCCCAUUCAGGACCACGGAGUCCUCCACCCCCCCACCCACCCCCUGUCCCCCAGAAACAGGACUUCUGUCUUGUCAGGAUUCAACUUCAAUCUGUUAGCCGCCAUCCAUACUCCAGCCAUCUCCAGACACUCACGCAUUUGUAUUUGUGUGUCCUUAAAAUAUCAGCUGCAUUAAGGCCCAAGCAGGAAGCAUAAUUUCAGUGUUUAUGCAAAGGCAAUUAACUCUUUCUCUUUGUGUUACUAUUCUUCUGAAAAUGGUUUCAGACAAUGGACUUGUAAAAGGGUAAAAAAAUACUGGGAAAUAAUUUAUAAUGAAUUGGAAAAAAGAAUGUUUUAAAGUACUUUCCCCCCAAAAAACAAAGUCCUUUUUCUUGGGGAUAAUUCAGAUAAUUAAGAUGGAAAUACCCAGGUGUCAAAAAAGGCUAUUUAUGUAUGACACUACUGUGGACCUUGUUUUGUUAGUCCAAAAAUAGAAAAUGAGUGAGGUCCCAACUAAAGAGGAAUGCCAACUGAUUGAACACACGCAGCUGGCAGACUUAACUUAUAGAAUAAGAGAACAAGAAGAAUAUACGUUUAAAGAUGAUUGGAAAAUAUUUAAUGUAUAUAUGGGUGAAGAUUGUGCACAUUUGAAAACGCUGGCAGCAUUAAGACAAUUGAUUGAUUGAUUGAUCUUUAUUACGGCCAUUGGCCCGUCACACGACAGUUUCCCAUACCAACAUAAUGUACAUGAACCUCCAAAUUUAAAACCGUCAAAACUUACAAAAAACAGACAAGAACCAAAGCAGAACAAAAACAAAAGACCAACAUCAUAUGUUGCAAUAAAUUUGUAACAUAACCAUCACCAUCUGCUCACAGAUCAAUAAAAGACAUCAAUGGUGAUUCACCUAGUUACAUCCUAAAACAUAGAUCAUGGUUUAAAGGGAUUUUCCGAGCCACACAGGAGUCCGUUUCUCUUCUUUAGGGAUAGGACACUGAUCAAGAAUCUGGCAACCGUGAGUGAUCUUAGGGGGUCAUCAUCAUUUAAUAGAUAUCUCAGUUUGGCUUCAUUCGUAUCAUCGGCAAUUCCCUUUAGAUAUUGGGCAAGAAACUUGCUCCUGGCCGAUGAGUGAAAAGCACAGUCAAAAAUUAUGUGAUGCAACGAUUCCGGUGCCCCACAAUUACAAUCACAUAAGAGCGAUAUCUGUCCAUUGGAGAAUCUAUUUCUCAGCAUGUUCGAUGGGAAGGUGUUGAAUCUUGCCUUUACAAAGGCAUAUCUAUGAGCCGAAGAAGUUAAGGAAUUCAAAUAGUUUGGGAGCCUUAAGAGGGGUGAUAAACCAAGGUUUAGAGGUGAGCAGGUACCAUUGCCCAAGACCAUUUUCUGCUGCAAGUCCAUCUCCUCUAGUUUACAGGUUACUGUUCUUUUAGCUGGAACUAUGUCCUGCUCUAGUAAUUUGGAUGGGGAGAUUCCCAUUGUCAUUAUUUUCAGCUGUAAAUUUUUUACCCAUGGGCUCUGGAAAUCAUCUCUCCACAUACAUUGUAUCAAGUACAAGUUUGGGAGAUUGUGCCAUAGAGAUAACCAGUGACAAAGUAUGUGCUUCCACAGAGCGUUUUCCAGGGAUACAGUAUUAAGUUCCAUGCGUAACGCUGUAUUACUUACACAGUUGGGCAGUUUCAAUAUCCCUCUUAAAAACUGAUUUUGAAUAACCUCUAGGUGAGAUAGAUUGACAAAAGUCCCCCAAAUUGAGAUGGCAUAGGCAAUUGUCGGGAUCACCUUGGCCUUGAAGACUUUCAACGCCGAUGGGAUAUGAAGAGCCCCAUCGGUGAAGAAGAAUCGCAAGAUCGCCAAGGAGAUAGCUUUGGCUCUAUUUGUAACAUAGGCUACAUGGGCCUUCCAUCUAAGGUUAUGUUGUAACCAAACUCCCAAGUAUUGGAAUCUAUAGACUUGUUCGAUGACUCUCCCAUCAAUUCUCCAAUUAUGGAGUUUCCGGCUCUUUGAGAAAAUUAGAAUCUUAGAUUUUCCAUAAUUAAUUGUAAGGGAAUUUGCGUUACAGUACGAUCCAAAAAUUUUUAAGGCCCUCCUGAGACCUACUCUAGAAAAGGAAAGGAUGACUGCGUCAUCCGCAUACAGUAACAAAGGGCAGCGAUAAAGUGCUAGGCGGGGUGCAUGAAUCCUUUCUUGAGCCUCUAUUAGGGGGGGUCCUCAUAUCGCUUAUGAAUAAGUUGAACAGGAAUGGAGCCAAUAUACAACCCUGUCGGACACCUCUGUUAAUGGGAAUUGGAUUGGUGAGAUCACCCUCCGGGGUGAGUCUCACUCUAGCCGCUGAGUUCUCAUGGAGUUUGAUUAUUAGCCAGAGAAGCCUUCUAUCGAUGCCCCAGCGGGAGAGUUUUUCCCAGAGGAUGUUCCUGGGGAUACUAUCGAAUGCUGCCUUUAGGUCAAUGAAUGCCACACAGAGUUGGCCACCCUUUGGGGUGGAAUAUUUCCAGGCAAGAUGCUGUAAAAUUAGAAUAUGAUUAAUUGUUGACUGUUUUGGGCGGAAUCCAGCUUGUUCGGGCCCAAUUAAUUUUUUCUCUUCGGCACUUUGGUUAAGUCUGUUCAGCAAGAAGCGGGCAUACAGUUUCCCACUAUUGAGAGUAGACUGAUAUUUCUGUAAUUCCCCGGGUCAUCUGGUGAGCCCUUUUUGUGGAUUGGAACGAUAACAGCGUCCUUCCAUACUUCCGGGAUCUUUCCAGAGUUGUUAACGGCAUCGAAGAUGGUCGCCAGAACUUUAGCCCACCAGAGCAGCAUUAAGACAAAUUCAACAGUGUAAAUAAGUUUUGAUGGAUGUAAAAAUGGAAUACUGAAUGGCUUAGUUCAGGCACAGGCAAACUCCGGCCCUCUAGAUGUUUGGGACUACAGUUCCCAUCAUCCCUAGCCAACAGGACCAGUGGUCAGGGGUGAUAGGAAUUGUAGUCCCAAACAUCUGGAGGGCCGGAGUUUGCCUAUGCCUGGCUUAGUUUAUGUAAAAUAUGCAUAGAUCUAUGGCAUGCAAACUGAACCAUGGAAGGAGAAGAAGGGAAGUCAUUGCUAUUUUAAGGUUGUUCAAAUGAAUAUUCUAAAAUGUUAAAUAGAAAAAAAUUAAUAAAAAUUAUACAAAAAAGAAAGAAAGAAAAUGGUUUCAGAUGAGCUGCUUAAAGUUGGUCAAUCUGGCUGGCAAGGCUUCAGCCAGGCACAUCCUCCUGUUGUAAGGAAAUGACAAAUGUUGUGCUUCCAUGGAGACUAAUGGUUACAUCUGUUUGAUUUUUUUCUCAGGGGCAAGUGGGGGCCACAUACCAGUGGUGGGUGAGCUCCAAAGCCCCAAAGACCAAAGCACACAAAUGACACAAUAACUUGGCCAUGCCAGAAGAGUUUGCAGUGCUUCCUCACUGAGCUAAGAAAGGGGCUGCCUGUUCUCAGCACAUCGGAGAAACUACCGUAUUUUUUGCUCCAUAGGACGCACUUUUUUCCCUUCAAAAAUGAAGGGAAAAUGUGUGUGCGUCCUAUGGAGCGAAGACGCCAUAGCCCCGCGACCCUCUCCCGGCUGGAGAGGUGACGCGUGGCUAUGGCAGGAGCCUCUACAGCCCUGCGUCACCUCUCCAGCCGGGAGAGCACGCGCGGGCUAAAGCAGCACCCGCGACCCUCUCCCGGCUGGAGAGGUGACGCGCGGCUAUUGAGGCUCUUGCCAUAGCCGCCCGUCACCUCUCCAGCCGGGAGAGCGCGCGGGGCUAAGCAGCCCCCGCGACCCUCGCCCGGCGGGAGUGGUGCCGCGCGGCUAUUGAGGCUCUUGCCAUAGCCGCCCGUCACCUCUCCAGCCGGGAGAGCGCGCGCGGGGCUAAAGAAGCCAUAGCCCGGCGACCCUCUCCCGGCUGGAGAGGUGACGCACGGCUAUGGCAGGAGCCUCUCCGCUGCUCCCUGAACUGCUCUUUGGGGCUGGUGGUGGGCUUCCCCCCGCCAGCCCCAAAGAGCAGGUCGAAGGAACCUGAAGCCUGGAGAGCGAGAGGGGUCAGUGCACACCGACCCUCUCGCUCUCCAGGCUUCCAAGUAGCCGCCUGAACGCACCUUAAAUGGCACCUUGUUUUAGAGCGGGAAAACAAGAGGGGGAAAGUUCUCUCCCUCUCGGCACAGCGCCUCCUGCCACUUCGCUGAAGGGGCGCUGGGCAGAGAGGGGGAGAUUUUUUUUUUCUUGUUCUCCCCCCUCUAAAACAAAGUGUGUCCUAUUGUCCGGUGCGUCCUAUGGUGCGAAAAAUACGGUAGCUUCUUCUUCUUCUUCUUUGGCGAUCGCUCAACGUAGCCGAGUAAGACUUAAUAAAUGAAUAAAAUAUUCUGUAUUUGAAAAUGCCAACCUUAAAUAAAUAUCAGUAUAGGUUUCCUCUGCUUUCAGCCUCAACUGGCUACAGAUGAGGAUGAUCGAGUUUUAGCGAGUCCUUGAUCCUGACGCCACUAAAAUCCAUGACCAGAGCAGUUGAUUAAACCAAUAAGUCGACCAAACCUUUGACUUAAUGGGAGAAACGACGUUCCCUUAAGGAGUAAAGUUCUUCUGAUGGCCAUUUUGAUACAGUCCAUUUCAUCCAAAUUGUGAAUGAAGAAACAAGGCAUGUGAGUGACUUUCACUUGAUUUCAGAUAAGCCACCUGUCACAGCGUUAAUUGGCACAUGUCUUUUCGGCUACUUAGGAUGGUUUCAUGCUUGUUGCAAACUUUGAAAGUUGUUCUUGCAUUUCGAUUUCCUCUUUCCUAGCCCCACCUCCUUGCAAUGUGCAUUCUAACACCUCAAAGAACCUGAUAAAUAGGAGGCAGCUUCCUUCAGCCCAGUCAGAAAAACGUGGGACCGCCCGCUCCUGCCUGUGCAAAUCUUACAGAAGCAAAGCCCAGGCGAAACCAUGAGCAAAGCAGCUGGUAAGUACAUAAAGGAUGUUUAGUUCUCCUCGAAUUGAUUUCUUCCUCUUUGCUUCUAUCUGAUAGCCCUGGGUAACACAACCUGCAAUGAAAUGAUUUUAUGAGUUUACUGCUGAGGAUUUAUGGGCACAUCAGCCCCUGAGAUUUAGAGCCAACACCUAUAAUUGCUUAAUAAAUGUUGAAGUGCUGCUCUUUGAUCUUCAGAUAACAUGGGUAUAAUGCCCUUUAAGUUUGUGUCCCUAUGCUAUAUACUCUAAAAGAACUAACAGGCCCAUUAAAAAGCCUGUGAGGUUCAUGCAGUGCUCCCCCCCCCGCUAAAAAAAAUUUUUAAGGGUACUCUCCUUUUCCUACUCAUGUUGAAAUACUGCCCCUCAAUGAGGCCAAACUUAGAUUCGCAAAAUGUUUAGGGGUAUGUGUACCCCCACGUUCCCCCAGAAAAAAAAGCACUGGGUUCAUGUAUAUUAAAGGUAAAGGGACCCCUGACCGUUAGGUCCAGUCGUGACCGACUCUGGGGUUGCGGUGCUCAUCUCACUUUACUGGCCAAGGGAGCCGGCGUACAGCUUCUGGGUCAUGUGGCCAGCAAGACUAAGCCGCUUCUGGCGAACCAGAGCAGCGCACCGAAACGCCGUUUACCUUCCCACCGGAGCAGUACCUAUUUAUCUACUUGCACUUUGACGUGCUUUUGAACUGCUAGGUUGGCAGCAGCAGGGACCAAGCAACAGGAGCUCACCCCGUUGAGGGGAUUCGAACCGCCGCCUUCUGAUCGGCAAGUCCUAGGCUCUGGGGUUUUCCUAUUUUCUUUUUUAAAAUGUUUUUAUUAGCAAUUUCAACAUAACAAAUUAUCAAAACAUAUCAUAUACAUUAUUUUUCCCCUCCCUCCUUCAAACCCUCCCUCCCCCAAAAAAACUUCCCUCAGUGCCUCUCUCUGAUUUCUCAGCACAUAUUAUUCUCUGCAUGUUAUGAAAUUAUACAUAUCCUUACAUUAUCUAUCUGCCAUGUUAUCAACCAAUAAAUUUGCGUAUGUUUAUUCAAAACCUGCCAAGGAAUCCAAUUCAUUUUGUUGUCUUUUUAGAUAAUUUGUAAAAAGCUCCCAUUCUUCCUUAAAGUCACAGUUGUCCUUGUCCCACAAUUUGUAUGUCAAUGCAGCCAGCUCUGCGUAGCUCAUCAAUUUUUCUUGCCACUGUUCUUUCGUUGGGAUUUCCUCGUUUUUCCAUCCUUGUGCUAUCAAGGAAACAGGGUAAAGGUCCUAUUUUCUUAUCAGCAUGACUAAUAGUUUUUAAUGGUUUUGUGAGCACGCAUGCCAAGUAAAAAGCAAAAAAGCAAACAGGAAGCAUUUAAUUAAAGGCACAGUUGCUCUUUGAAAAUGCAAUAGUGCUUUCCUGUACAUACUUUCAACUACUGUUGUGUUUUAUUGCAGAAAUAAAAUCAGGGUUUUUUGGAGGGGGGAAUUAGGGGGAAAACACAGAAAACACUAUAAAUGUCACAAUGACAUUGUGUGGAUUCUCUGUAAAAGGUUUAGGAGCCGGUUGUGGCAAUUCCAGAGAAAAGGGCUAGAGUAGAAGUAACCUGUCUUUCACAUAUGCACGUCAAAAGAUGAAGAGAGGCACAAAAGCACACCUGAAAUCUGCCCAUGAAGAAUGCAAGCUAAGCGUCCAUUGACGUAGAACAAUUCCCCGGUGUUGACAGUGUACGCAGUUUUUGAGGAGCGGAUCAUGCAUGACUAGCCAUAGAGAAUAAAUUCCUCUUGUACACAUUUUCCCCAUGCCAAAUUAUUACCCCUUGUUUCCUGUUCUUGUUUGCGUAACAGAGAAGAAAGCCUUUACUAAUUCCCUUUUUAUUUCCUUUAAAAGGAACUUCUCCACUUUGUAAUGAGCAAACAAUUGCGGUAGGCAUUUGAUUAGAGGAUAUUUCUGGGGCACCUUUAUUAUAUCCUUCAGCUGUGGUGAUAUUACCGUAUUGGCCUGAAUAUAAGCCUUAGUUUUCUUUUCUUUUUCAAAAAUUUCGACCGUGAAACGUUAAAGUGCAACUUAAAUUCACAACCUUACAAAAAUGGGCUUUUACGAUAUCGCUGCUGAAACAGACCUACGGUAAAACGGAAUGGGUGUGAGUGCCUGCGGAAUUUUAAGGGAGCGGCUUAUAUUUGGGUAUUGUCCUCCCCCCCCCCUUGAAUUUUAAAGGUGUGGCUUAAAUUCGGGUGAGGCUUAUAUUCGGUUGCGGCUUAUAUUCGGGCCAAUUUACGGUAUAAAGGUGAUAUCAGACAUAUCAGACAUAAGCUAAUCAACUUCCUUCUAUAUUUAAAGUAAAGAGAGAGGGGGCACCAAAUUGGCAGCCCGAUCUUUGCCACACUUGCUAUGCUGGCAUAAGUGGAAGUAGUAUCUCUUCCAGCAGAGACAACCGAAAUCUGGGGUGUUCUGGGUCAAUUUUUUGUCCAACAGUGUGAAGAAGAGAGGAGGAUUCUAGAUAGAAAAUGGCAGAGGAUGAGCUCUUUCAGAACAGGAGCCAAAGUGGUUCUUUAAAGAUGAUGUUGGACUACAACUCCCACCAUCCCUGACAAUUGGCCUUGCUGGUUGUGGCUGAUGGAAUUAUUAUUAUUAUCAUUAUUUAUUAUUUAUACCUCGCCCAUCUGGCUGGGUUUCCACAGCCAAUCUGGGCGGCUUCCAACAGAAUAUUAAAAUACAAUAACCUAUUAAACAUUAAAAGCUUCCCUAAACAGGGCUGCCUUCAGAUGUCUUUUAAAAGUCUGGUAGUUGUUUUUCUCUUUGACAUCUGAUGGGAGGGCGUUCCACAGGGCGGGUGCCACUACCGAGAAGGCCCUCUGCCUGGUUCCCUGUAACCUCACUUCUCCAGCGAGGGAACCGCCAGAAGGCCCUUGGCACUAGACCUCAGUGUCCGGGUAGAACGAUGGGGGUGGAGACGCUCCUUCAGGUAUACUGGACCGAGGCCGUUUAGGGCUUUAAGGUCAACACCAACACUUUGAAUUGUGCUCAGAAAUGUACUGGGAGCCAGUGUAGGUCUUUCAGGACCGGUGUUAUAUGGUCUUGGUAGCCGCUCCCAGUCACCAGUCUAGCUGCCGCAUUCUGGAUUAGUUGUAGUUUCCGAAUCACCUUCAAAGGUAGCCCCACGUGGAGCGCAUUGCAGUAGUCCAAGCGGGAGAUAACUAGAGCAUGCACCACUUCUGGCGAGACAGUCUGCGAGCAGGUAGAGUCUCAGCCUGCGUACCAGAUGGAGCUGAUGGAAGUUGUAGUCUAACUCUUAUCUGGCAGGUGUCUUUUGCCUAUCCGUGAAAUAGGCUAGAACUACCUGUUGCUCAGGGACACGGAUGUUGCUGUGGGUUAAACCACAGAGCCUAGGACUUGCCAAUCUGAAGGUCGGCGGUUCGAAUCCCCGUGAUGGGGUGAGCUCCCAUUGCUCGGUCCCUGCUCCCUGCAUCAAAGUGCAAGUAGAUAAAUAGGUACCACUCUGGCGGGAAGGUAAACGGCAUUUCCGUACGCUGCUCUGGUUCACCAGAAGCGGCUUAGUCAUGCUGGCCACAUGACUCGGAAGCUGUCUGCAGACAAAUGUCGGCUCCCUCGGCCUAUAGAGCGAGAUGAGCACCGCAACCCCAGAGUUGGUCACGACUGGACCUAAUGGUCAGAGGUCCCUUUACCUUUACCUUUACCUUUACCUUUACCUGUUGCUCAUUUGCUGAGAUGUGUGGGCCCACCCAUUUUCUUUCAAAUGGCCAAGAACAUUGCAUUGCUAAGAGUGCCUGGACUAAAAUUGUCUACCAAAAACUUCACUCUUGUGGUUUAUCACCACAACAACUACUCACGCUGGGUUUUAGUAAAGCAAGCAAUUUAAUUUAAGUGCCUAUAUGAUAUCGAGUGACAGAACAACCUGCCCGCAAUAAGGGAAUUUUGCCCGUGGUAUGACUAUUUUCCACCUAGUCAUCUUGACUCUCUGGUACCCUAUCUGCAUAACUUAAUAAUUCCAAAAUAUAGAUGCGCCUUUACUCUUGCAAGAUUGAAUAUACUGCCUUCGGCUGUACUUGAGGGACGAUUCCAAAAAAUUCCACUAGAAAAAUGAUUAUGUCCCUGUGGAGAUGGCAGUACCGAAUCGGUGGCACGUGUCCUUCUGGCUUGCACUCUUUAUAAAGAUUAGAGAAGUGAAGUUAUCACUCCACUAUUAUUGUCCAUUCCGGGUUCCCCAACCACUGUUACAAUGUCCUUUCUCUUGGCAGAUCAGGAUGAACAGGUGACAGCAAAGGUUGCAAGGCUUUUAGCCGGGGCAAUUAGAAUAAGAUCCAUUAUUUGACUAUUGCUCCAAACCCCAAAAAUGUAUUUUAUAUAAUUGACUUUUUACCUUUAUCUUCUGUAUACCACAUUUUGUUUGUUUUAUUGCUAUGGCUGGUGGCUGAUACAAAUAAAGAUUUAUUCAUUCAUUGCAUUGCAUUGCUAAAACCUACUCCUGCUGGUUUCUGCUGCUACAGACAGCGAGUCAGCCUCUGCCCAUAAAAACAGAAAGCAUGCUUAAACUUUCUGCUGGUGUUACUAAAUGUCAUCGUAAGCGGAAUGAAAGAUUUAUAUUCUGUCUUGCAUUGAGUGGCACAAGCAAAUCAUACUUUCUAUCCGCCGAUCCACUAUGUUAAAGUAGAACCUAAGAAUCUACCCAAGCAUGUAAUAAAUACUGCCUAGUAAUGUAACUUUGAGAGAUGUUUUAAUAGGUAAAUCUGUUUUACAGCACGUAUUUUUGAAAACUGCUAAUUUUAUUUAUAUUUGGUGGGGGGGAAUGGUUAACUUGUUUCUAACAUCUGGUUUUAUUGGUAAUUUAAUGCAGUGCUUUUUUUCUAAAAAAAAUGUUUAGGGAUACUCUCAUUUUGGCUCAAUUAUAAUUUCCCCCCAUUCCUUAUUAAAAUUUUGGUCUUCCUGAUUUCUGAUUCUUCCGGAUCAUUUUUGCCAUUUCGGCAUAAUCCAUCAACUUAAUCUGCCGUUCUUCUCCGGCCAGGACUUUGUCCUCUUUCAAUCCCACGGCCAAUAACAUCUGCGCAGCUUGGGUCGCAUACAUAAAUAGUCUUUUCUGCUCCAUUGGGAUUUCAGCGCCUAGAAUUCCUAAAAGAAAGGCUUUGGGUUUUCUAGAAAAAGUUAUUUUAAACAUUUUUUCCAAUUAAUUAUAUAUCAUUUCCCAAAAUUCUUUUACUACCUUACAUGUCCACCACAUAUGAUGGGAAGGUGCCGCCUUUUUCCUUACAUUUCCAACAUAUAUUUCACCCUGACUAAUCCACUUUUCCAAACCCCACUGUAAAAAAAUAACGUGUCUAGCUCACAGUCAACUCAAGGUCUGAUUGAGAGAUUUAUUAAUGGGAGGGAAGAGGUAGCCUUUCAAAGUUAGAAUGGUCAACAUUUGCCUGCAAAGGUGUGCCUGUGCCUUUUAGUAACUGUACGGCAGGGAGACACGCAAUAGUUAGCACAUCUGUCAUCACAUCAAUGCAACAAUAGUUUAAAACAGAAAGCGUUUGCUGUCCCCACUCCCUCUCUCUCUCUCUCUCUCUCUCUCUGUACAUGUCUUAAGUGCCCUGGACAGGUAUAGCUCUAAGAAGCAGGAAAUUGCUCAUCCAGAAAUGAGAAUAAGGCCAUGGUGUUUUUGUAUUGACUUUCCGUGGCCAGUUCUGCAACCAGCUCCUGGGGAAUCAGAAUGCAAGUUUGGGCAAACCUAAAACGACUGUUAGGUGUAAGCACAAAGAUGGCAUGGGAUCAUUUCUAUCUCUCCUUUGAUAUUAAGUAAAGGUGGUAUCAAAAACUACAAACCUGUGUAAUGUUUCUUACGCAGGUUUGUAAUAUCAGUACUAAGGCACUGAUAGUAGUCUCUGUUUCUAUGCAGUGGGGAGAAAGCCCCUUCCUCUGCGGCCAGCACAGAAACGCAGGCUGCUAGCAGGGUAGUAAAAAUAUUUGCCUUCUCCUAAGCAGACUGGCAUGGGACGUGGGUGGCGCUGUGGGUUAAACCACAGAGCCUAGGACUUGCCGAUCAGAAGGUCGGCAGUUCGAAUCCCCGCAACGGGGUGAGCUCCCAUUGCUCGGUCCCUGCUCCUGCCAACCUAGCAGUUCAAAAGCACGUCAAAGUGCAAGUAGAUCAAUAGGUGCCACUCUGGCGGGAAGGUAAACGGCGUUUCCGUGCGCUGCUCUGGUUCGCCAGAAGUGGCUUAGUCAUGCUGGCCACAUGACCCGGAAGCUGUACGCCAGCUCCCUCAGCCAAUAAAGCAAGAUGAGUGGCGCAACCCCAGAGUCAGUCACGACUGGACCUAAUGGUGAGGGGUUGCUGCAUCUCUCCUCCGCUGGCGUGCUGCGUUCCCAUGCUGGGUACAAAGAAGGGAUGCAGGUGUUAGACCACAGAGCCUAGGGCUUGCCGAUCAGAAGGUCGGCGGUUCAAAUCCCUGCAACAGGGUAAGCUCUCGUUGCUCUGUUCCAGCUCCUGCCAACCUAGCAGUUCGAAAGCACACCAGUGCAAGUAGAUAAAUAGGUACCACUGCGGUGGGAAGGUAAAUGGUGUUUCUGUGCGCUCUGGUUUCCAUCACUGUGUCCCAUUGCACCAGAAGCAGUUUAGUCAUGCUAGCCACAUGACCCGGAAAGCUGUUUGUGGACAAAUGCUGGCUCCCUUGGCCUGAAAGCGAAAUGAGCGCCGCACCCCGUAGUCGCCUUUGACUGGACUUAACCAUCCAGGGGGCCUUUACCUUUUACCUUUUGUAAGCUUAUACAUGUUGUAGUGUUAACAUUGCCUUUAAACUUCAGAAACCACCAAGCUGAAUGAGACGCCAGCCUCCUCUAAUACACAGGCAAACAUGAAAACCAUUGUCCUAAAUGGCCUCAGCCCAGUACAGGGAAUUUUUAAUGUCUGGUGUUUUAUUGUAUUUUUAAUAUUUUGUUGGAAGCCGCCCAGAGUGGCUGGGGAGACCCAGCCAGAUGGGCGGGGUAUAAAUAAGUUGUUGUUGUUGUUGUUGUUAUUUAUUAUCAUCCUUUCCAGGGGAUCCGCUGAAGGUUACUGGAAUCGAUUUUCUCCGAGAGCAGAAUACCCGCCUCCAUCACACCAGCGACUACAACAAUGGCAGCCUGAUUGUGAGACGUGGGCAGCCUUUUGAGUUGAAGCUGACUUUAAGCAGGGAGCUGAACAACAAUGACAAAGUCACACUGCAGCUCAGAAUUGGUAAGCGAGCAAAACAUGGCUUGAUUCAUCCCAGGUUGUCUAGGAAUACAGCAGAGUAAUUCAGACAUUUGUCCUUCAGAGAUGCCACAAUCUGCUAAUCAGGGUGGGUAUUUGUUUGGUUUUCUGAAUGGCUUCCAAUCCGGAUAUUUUUAGAUGUGUUGAGAAGACAAAUGGAACUCAAUAGGGGAACCAGAGCUGGAGAUCCAUGUUGUCGUUUAUUAUUCCACUGAUUUCCCAGGUAAUCUCUUCCAGGUAGACUACCAUAGAAUCAUAGAUUGGAAGGGAUCCUGUUAUGUACUGAAGUUCUCACCCUGGGCCAGCAGGGGGAUACUGUAGAUAGUUAUGCAAAUAAGGGAUCGAAAGUGACGUUCAGUGAUUGGAUAGUUUUAGAAAAUUGUUAGUUACAUUGUACUGGAGCUCUAUAUGAGCAGGCUGACUGAACCCUUCAGUUGAGUUCUAUUCUGGCCUGUGAAUAAACAAGAGCUGUUUGAAGAAUCGCUGUGUCGUCUGAUAUGUUCACCCACAACUUAACAGAUCCCAAGGGUCUUCUAGUCCAGUGUGGGAAUCUCAACUAAAUCUCUUCCAGGAACUGAUCACAUUGAGAGUUGCUUGGCUUUAGCAAUGUAACAGUAUCAUAAUCUUUGAAGCCACGCUACUCCUUGAGUACAGAAAGAACAACACACACUGCUAAGCUUUUAAUUUUUCUAAGGAUUAGAAACAGGAACGCUUUGUUUAAUCGAGGGUUUUGUGAUUCUACAUCAGAUGCCAAAUUGUGUGGUAAAGAGAUUGUGAAUACAAUGUACUGCUUACUUCCUGGGACUGUUGUAUUAAAGGAAACACACAAGCCACUUAGCAAAAUUAUUUUGCAUCUUCAGCAUCCUUCUCUGCGCAGUAGAAAAUGCUUCAGAGAUGAGGCCUGAAAACAAAGGCUAUUGUCAUAUUCGCUGCUGACACUUUUUGGGGGAAUUUAUUGAUGAUGUUCUUUGUGAAUUUGUGUCCUUCCAGGUGAAAAACCAAUGCAGUCCAAUGGGACUCUUCUAUCCAUGAAUGCAAGAUCAGGACAGACAGAUCAAUCCUGGAAUGCCAAGAUUUGUCAAACAAAUGGGAAGGAGGUACAUAUGUUUGGGAUAGCCUAGACUGAAAUGGCCAUUUACAUUUUAUGGCCUUCAUGAUAUCCAGAAUGUGAUAUAGGGGUGCUCAAGGGACCCCGGUAAUCAAGACCUGAGUUCAGUUGCGUUCCAACUUGGGGGGGGGGGGAGCCCUGUUUCUAUGUGUGGUAGGACUUCUGAGAGAUGUUCCUUCUGUAAGUUACACGUGAGUACCCAGGGUGGCACUGUGGGUUAAACCACAGAGCCUAGGACUUGCCGAUCAGAAGGUCGGCGGUUUGAAUCCCCGCAAUGGGGUGAGCUCUGCCAUCCCACUUUCCAGCUUCCAUUAUUUGCAUCUCCAGUAGAAGAGGUUCAGUAGAACAGUUUCUUCUCUCUUUAACCAGAAUAUUUUUGUAAUCUGCUUUGAGGUGUUUUUGUUUUUUGUUUUACAAUCAAUUGGUGUGUGAAUUUUAUGAAAUAAAUAAAUUGGGCAGAUGUGUUUAAUGUUAGUUUUGCUUGUUCCGUAUUUUCUGGAAGCUGUUUGUUUAAUAACUAAGACACUAGACCAUAUGGACUAGGGUGUGUUCACAUUUAAAUGGAAUAAUGGGGAUACCUAAUUAUCAUGUACACUAUUAUAGCCCUAUGAUGUUCUCGUGUUUUUCUUAGUGCCGCAUAGUUGUAACCAGUCCAGCAGAUGCAAUUAUUGGAAAAUAUCUUCUAAAUGUGAUCACGGGACCUAGCGUUUAUACUCCUGAUAAAAAAUGUGUCUACGUUUUGUUCAAUCCCUGGUGCGAAGGUAAUUCAUGUGACCUAAUGAGAUUUAAUUCAUAUUGCUAUAAUAUAAGGUUAACUUUAAAAAAUGUGUCUCUUGUUUAGCUCUUCCCCUCAUAAAUGCAAUGAAAGCUGGUUUUGCAGUGAUUCUAUGAGGUGUAUGAUAUUUUUUAAUGAGGUCAUCAGGUUAUGAAACUUCCUUCUGUUGCUGCUCACAGUAUAAUUAUUGCAACCCAGUUUAAACGUAAGCAGGGGUACAUUUCAACACCCUGAAAAAUUGCCCAUAAAGCCCUGCCUGUGGGACAUUUAAAACACAUGAUGUCUCUCAUGGGAUCUUGGGAGUUGUGGUUUUCCCCUCACAGAGCCACCAUUACUAGAACCAUUAAGAAACUACAGUUCCCAACAUUCAUCUGCUUUGAAUGCUGUGGAGACAAGAGUUUUAUUUGGCGUUCUCUUGGGAUGAGUGGAUAACAACUGCUCUGUUCCAAUAAUGUGUUUGAAAAUAUUGUGCUUGUGAAUGAACAGAGCCAGUAGUAGGAGGCGAGUAUAAAUGGCAUAGUUGCUACUGGGGAUCUGAUCUGUUUUAUUGGCUGUCUGCUUCGCAGCCAAAUUUACCUCACAUUAAACCGCCACAAAAGGGUCAUGCUUUCAGCAUGCACAACAGUUGGCAGAAGUAGUUCUGAAAAGCAGCAAUAUUUCCCCCUCUUUCUGGUGUGCAUGCUCCCAUUCACCCACUCUCAAACUCAGUGCUGUUUUUCUAGAAAAAGAGGUGCCAUAAUUCACCAUGAACGCCUCCCUUGUUAUAAUGGCAAUGGCGCCCACCUGAGAGGGGCCGGAACUGAGUUCCAGAGAGUUCCGGCUGGGGAAUAAAGCCCUGGUCAAACUAAGGCUCAGUCCUUACCCAGAUGGGAGCAGUUUCUGGAGAAAAGCAAGGUCCCUUGUUUGCACAAAGGAGUGAGUUAGGCAGCCUCUCCCCAAGUCAUGGAUGGAGUGAAUCCAGCGGAGGCAGAUUCUUUCCCCCUUUUCUUUUUUUGGUAAAUAUUUUUAUUGAAAGUUUUCAACACGAGGUACAAUAAAGCCAAACAAAUCUUUAAAAAAAGGGGAAAGAUACAGAAAAGCCAAAACAAGAGAAAGAAAGAUAAAAAACCAAAAAAUAGAGGCAAAGGAUAAAAGAAACAAAGAAAGAAAGAAAGAAAAAGAAAGAAAGAAAGAAACUCUCUAUCACAAUAUAAUUUAUCCAUAUACAGAAAAGUAGACCUUUCCCAGCUUUCACCUGGGAACUUCUGUUUCUUCCCCCAGCCUCCCACCCUGGGAGAUCCCUUUUUCUCUGUCUCUCACACCAAGCCCCUCACCAUUCCCCCGUCAUCUCUCCGUGUAUGUCUUCGCCAGUCCAAGAUAGCUGGUUCUAUUUUUAACUUUUAGAAGUCCUCUAAGUUAAGGGCAAAAAAAGAGGGGAAAGUAAAGAAAAAAGAGUCAGAUUCUAUAUCUGAUUCAAAAAGAGGUUUAUUCACUGAGCCUCUUGGGCUUGCCGAUCCGAAGGUUGGCGGUUCGAAUCCCCGCAAUGGGGUGAGCUUCCGUUGCUCGGUCCCAGCUCCUGCCAACCUAGCAGUUCGAAAGCACACCAGUGCAAGCAGAUGAAUAGGUACUGCUGUGACGGGAAGGUAAACGGCGUUUCCGUGCACUCUGGUUUCCGUUACCGUGUUCCGUUGCGCCAGAAGCAGUUUAGUCACGCUGACCACAUGACCCAGAAAGCUGAAUGUGGACAAACACCGGCUCCAUUGGCCUGAAAGCGAGAUGAGUGCCGCAACCCCAGAGUCCCCUUUGACUGGACUGAACCAUCCAGGGAUCCUUUACCUUUUUUAUUCAAUGCUUUUCUUCUAGAAAAAAAUGGUGCGAGUACACACCAUGAAGUUGUUCCAGUAAGUGCCACACUUUUAACCAGUGCUUUUCAUCUAGAAAAAAGUGUUGGUACUUCAUACCAUUGAGUAUCCCCAGAAAAAAAGCACUGAACAUGUUUUAUAAUGAGAAGAAGAAAUAUCUAUAGUGGGCCAUUUUGUUAAUGUGGGUGGGAUCCAUAGCUGGGACUGGAAAGCCAGAACACAAAUUGAUAGUUUUGAGCCCAUCAGUGUUCUUAUCUGUCUAUCCAUCCGUUUCUUACUGUCUAAAAGCUGCAAGUAUGUCGUUUGCCCAGUUUCUCCCCAGUUAGACUUCCUGAAAAAAAGAAUUAACACACUCACAUAUUUUCUUUAGCGGAUUCUGUCUUCAUGCCUGGUGAUGCUGAAAGAGCUGAGUACGUGCUCAACGACACCGGCUAUCUCUACGUUGGAUCAACAAAAAUGAUACGUGGAAGACCUUGGAAUUUUGGGCAGGUAAAGACUCGCAUGUUUCUCUUUCUGUCUGGAUGUAAGCAGGUUGCAAUUUCUGUGUGAGGUUCCAGCCACCACAAACAAAGCCUUGGAAUCCUGUUUAGGCUUGGGGUUGUUUGUUUUUUGAGAUGGGGGGAGAGGAAUUUCAGGAACGGGGACAUGGGGAGGGGGGGAAAGGACAUCUUCACUUGUUGCACUAAAACGAUCAGUUGCCCAAUGAUUCCUCACAUAAAAUAUAAUAUCUAAAUUCCAACAGUCGCAAGCAGAGGAUCCUGGCGCCAGUAGCAAACCGCAAUGUACAGCGCAUGUACGGCGUCGCACGUGUGCAUUGUAACGACGCCACACAUGCGCUGUACAUAGCGGUUUGCUGCCGGCGCCGCUCGAGUGCUGUACGUACAGCGGUGGGAUCCCUCCAUCGCCACUACAGCUGCAUGUAGAGGAACUUCCAUUCGCGGCUGUAGCGGCAACGGAGGGAUUCUGGCACCGUCUGUACGGCGCUGGAGUGGCGGCGCUGGCAAACCGCUAUGUUCAGCGUGUGUGCGGUGUCGCUACGUACGGUGCAUGCGUCAUAUGUAGCGAUGCCACACAUGCACCCUAUGUAGCGACGCCCUGCCCCGGGUGUCACGACACCUUCGUUUCCCCCUGUUUUUAGGGUAGGCCCAUGUUACUUCCAGGCACUCAAAAACCUAAGUCCUCUAUUAGAGAAGCCUGCAGCAACAAAAGAGCAUUUUGGAGUGCUCUUGCUCAAUGUUGCAGACACUGAGGAGCCAUGCCUUGCUUUUCAGGGUAUUUCAUUCCAACCCCACCAACCCGUUUUCUGUUUUUCCUCCUAACAUUUGAUCAGCAUCCCCUGACCCCCUGAGCAACUUACAAUUUUGUACGCAGCCCAGAGAAAUAACUCCUCGGCAUUAUUGAUAGAACAGCAACUAUUUUAUUUAUUUAUUUAUUUAUUUAUUUUUAUUAUUAUUUUUAUUAUUAUUAUUACAGGCGCUGUGGGUUAAACCACAGAGCCUAGGACUUGCCAAUCAGGUGGUCAGCAGUUCGAAUCCCUGCGACGGGGUGAGCUCCCGUUGCUCGGUCCCUGCUCCUGCCAACCUAGCAGUUCAAAAGCACAUCAAAGUGCAAGUAGAUAAAUAGGUGCCGCUCUGGCGGGAAGGUAAACGGCGUUUCCGUGCGCUGCUCUGGAUUGCCAGAAAACGGCUUAGUCAUGCUGGCCACAUGACCUGGAAGCUGUACGCCGGCUCCCUCGGCCAAUAAAGCGAGUUGAGUGCCACAACCCCAGAGUCGGCCACGACCGGACCUAAUGUUCAGGGGUCCCUUUACCUUUUUACCUCGGGUUAAGAACUUAAUUCGUUCUGGAGGUCCGUUCUUAACCUGAAACUGUUCUUAACCUGAGGUACCACUUUAGCUAAUGGGGCCUCCUGCUGCCGCCGCACGAUUUCUGCUCUCAUCCUGAGGUAAAGUUCUUAACCUGAGGUACUAUUUUUUUUUUUUUUAUAAUGAUAUUUAUUGAGAUUUCAAAAAGAAUACAAAAAUUACACAAUAACAAAAAAUAGAAAAUACAAAAACUUACACAAUAAAAAGAAAAAGAUAGAAAAGUAAAAAUAAAAAUAUAAGAAAAUAAAAAAUACAGAAGAAAAAUAGUAAUAAAAAAGAAAAAAGAAAAAAAUAUAUUAGACCUCCUCCUCCUCCCUUCCUUUGUAUUCUAGUUGUUAAUUAUCCCAGCAAAUCCUUUCCAUCUUUCUAUAAUAGAAUAAACCUUAAAAUUUAAAAUUUAGAUCUUAACUUUACCAGCUUCUUGUGUUCAUAAUGUUCUUUUCUAAUUCUUUAUACAUCUUUACUAAAGCCAGAUAAUUUCUUCCAACAUUUUUCUAUCAUUCAUUUUUCUAUCAUUCUAUCAUUUAACAACUUUAUAAAACAUUCUGUUAGUUAGAAAACAAGUACAAAGAGAAAAACAUAUAAACAAGUCCAGUCUUUAUCCAACGUCCCUUCCUCCUGGUUUCGGGAUUUGUCAGUCCUUAUUCCUCAAUCUAACCCGGUGACCUUAUGUCCGAGGCUCUCAGAUCACUUCCAUGGCCCUUCCACAGCUUUUCUUCAUAUUUGUGGCUGUAGUCACUUGCUUGUAGUAACUCCAACUUAAUAGUGUUUUUAACCCUUCUCAUCAGUUCAGAUCCUUUCCCUGUUCAUCGCUGCAAUCCAUGUAGUAUUUAAAAACAUACUUCAAGGGCCCUCCGAGUUGUGGGCCCCCACAAUUCCAAACAUGUCGCAGCCUGUUACUGUAUUUAAAAAGUCCAGAUAUCCCAACAUAGGGGGGUCAAUCCAGCCCCCCAUUUCCAAACCACGCCAAACUUUCCCUUCCCAUAUCUGGUUUUUCCAAGUUCUAUUAUCAAAUCCAAGGAUCAGGCUCCUGUUGAGACUGUUCUGUCAAACCACACUCCUGAUUUAGUGCCACAAACCCCUGUUCUGUCAAAACACACUCCUGGUUUGAGUCCUGGAUAGACUCCACAUAUAUUCCCACAGUUUGAUCAACGCCUUCCGCUGCCAGUCUGAGAUUUCCAGUCGACUUGGCCAUCUGGUUCACCUUAUCAUGUAGUUCUUCCAGUAAAAUAUUUGUUUCAUUGAGCAGGCAAACCACAACUUCUGAAAACAUUGUUGCACUCUCCCACUAUUAUUUAUAACAGCUGUCAAGUCCUUGGCAUUAGUUACAGUUUCUAAGACUCCCCCUAGGGAGAAGACUUAUAUUUGUUUCUGUUACAUUUCCAUGUUACUUAAAGUACUUUAUCCAUAUAUAUUCCUUUAAAAUGCGAAAGGGAACAAUAGAGUCACAAAAAUUCUCUUCUUUUUACUAUCUGUCACACACAGAUAUCUUGAUGGUUCACGUCAGUCCUGACUUCCCCGCUCCAGGAUCAGGACGAAAAUAGCUUCCUUUUACUGCUUCAAAUAGUCCAAAAAAAAAAUAUCCCAAUUUGAAAUGUUGGAAUCCACUCUUUUAAAAACAAUUUUCGAAGCUCUAGUAUAAGUUGUCUUUGCUUUGUUAUGUUUACAAAAGAACGGAAGGGUGACUUCCUGUUUAGCCCUUACCGCUCCGUACCAAAUUCAAUCAAUUUUUCUUUUCUUUUUUUUUAUAGUCCAAUUCUGUCCUUUUCACUAAUCUUCAUUUAAUGUUCCAAUUUGUUCAAAUUCUGGGUACUCACGGAUAUUUGUUUUAAAGUCCGAAUUGUCCAGGAAAAAAGGCAGCGCUCUCCGGCAACAGCUACGCGGCUUCACUCCACAAAAGAAGCAGACGACUCGAUAGCACAGCGCCACUUCCCCGCUCUGUUCCGGAGCCCGUUGCCGGGUUCCUUUGCAGGUUGGGGGGGCGCAAACAGUGCCCGCCGAGUCCCAGGGUCACAGGCUUCACCCGCCUGUGGUUUGAAGGGUCCCCGCUGCGCCAAAGCGGUUUUAGACCCGAUUUCUGUGGAGCGGUCUCCCUCUGAGUUAGAGGGAUUCCGCCAUUGCCGUUGGCGCCACCUCCGGAAGUCCUGAGGUACUAUUUCUGGGUUAGCAGAGUCUGUAACCUGAAGUGUCUGUAACCUGAAGCAUCUGUAACCCGAGGAACCACUGUAUUAUUAUUAUUAUUAUUAUUAUUAUUAUUAUUAUUUAUUAUGCCCUGCCAGUGAGGACAAUAGAGGAUGUGUUGAGGGUAAACAAUAGGCUUUGGCCUCUGACACUCACCAGUGUCUUGCUUUUGUACCACAUCUACACAAUACCAUGUCAGCUGGAUGGGGGACCGCAUGUUGAGAUUCCUGAAUUGCAGGGGGUUGGACUAGAUGACCCUUAGGGUCCCUUUGCAACUCUGCAACUCUGAAAAUUUGCAUUUAAACAGAUUGUAUUCCUGCCAGUAGAGGGCACCCAACAAUUCUCAUCAGGCUUUUCGAAAGCCUUUAGAGACGGAAUUUGUGUGAUGCACUGCUAUAUUUUGUGCAUGAAAAAAGAAGACCCCUUUCUACAUUCAAAAAUGUUGUGUGUCUCAAAUGCUUUAUGUAGGCAUCUGUUGGCAUCCGUCUGCCUCAAGAGACAAUGGAGGAGCAUGCCUUUGUGUAGGGCUGCCGUAUGUCUGGGUUUUCCCAGGAAUCUGGCUGCAAAAUGCUGUCUGGGCAGAUUUUCGGUGAAUCUGCAAAAUGUUCGAGCAAUUAUUAUUUUUUAAUGCUUAAAAAAUCCAAGAAGAGCCCUCGGCCCCCAAUGGCAACCUACUUUUGGGGGGUGAAGUCAAACCAUUGGAGAGUUAUAGCACCUUGUGUGGCUAUAGAGACCGAUACGGGAGAGACAUGUUUUGUUGCAGCUGGGGCAGAUGAAAGCAUCUGGUUUAACAGCUACGGAUGCAACAUGGCAUUUCUUCUCUCUGUACUCCUCCCAGCAGUCAUUUCUCCUCUGGUCACUGCUGUCUGUCUCCAGACACUGCUGUUCUCUGCCAAGCCCGCCAAUUAAAUAUCAUUCACUGCCAAACAGCAGCAAUGAUUUCAGAGACAGUCCCAUUUUUCCUUCUGCAUGUCAACACCGCACAUUUCGCAAGCAUUGAAUUCAUUUGAAGUUUGCGUAUGACGUAUUGACAUCUCAGCAGCAGUUUUAUGCUGUGUUAAUUGAAGGAAAAUGUGUUAGUUUGUUUUUCCUGCGGUGCACAGCUUAAAUGUAAGACUUUGCUUUCUGUCUCAAAACAGUUUGAGGAAGAUGUUUUGGACUGUUGCAUGUACCUUCUGGACAAAAGCCAGCUCAAACCAAAGGCCAAGAAAGAUCCCGUGAUCAUCUCCAGGGCCAUGUCAGCAUUGGUAAGUCCUUAAAUGUAUCUUUUAACUCAAGAUUGGAUUCUUUGGGGUUAGGACAAGAAAUCUGAACCAAUACCUUCAGAUCAUGCCUUGUACACCUGUCGUGGCCAUAGCAUAAUACAGAGAAAGGGAGUGUGUGGCCGUCCAGAGCUAUAGCUCAGUGGUAGAAAUUUAAUUAAUUAAUAAUAAUAAACUUAUAUGUCGCCGAUCUGACUAGUUUACCCCAGCCACUCUGCACGGCUUGCUUUCCCCCUCUUUUUUCUUUAUUGGAAAUAUUUGUUAUUGGUUUUCACAAGAACAAAUUUAAAAUAAUAAAAAGAAAAAACUCUUAAUAUAUCCCUAUAUGAGAUUCUCUGAAUCUCGUGACUUUCCCCCAUCCCCCUGCAUGGGUCCUUAAAAUAAUUUUUUUAAAGCUAAAUAUCAUUACGUUUGCCACAGUUUUCAUCUCUCUAAAUUAUCCAUGUCUUUCAUUUCUUUACAAGUCAUUUUUAAAGUCCAGCUAAUGUUUUUAUUUGUUUACAAUGGUCUCCUAAGUAAGUUAUGAUUUUUCCCCGUUCUUUUUUAAAGUCGUUAUCUUCUUGAUUCCUGAGUCUCCCAGUCAGUUUUGCCAUUUCAACAUAGUCCAGCAGUUUGGCUUGCCAUUCUUCCCUAGUUGGGACUGCUGGUUCUUUCCAUCUUUGGACUAGUAGUAUCCUUGAAGCUGUUGUCACAUAUAUAAACAGUCUUUUCUGGUCUUUUGAAAUGUCAGAACAUGUAAUUCCUAGUAGAAAAGCUUCUGGUUUUUCGACAAAUGUUAUUUUAAACAUUUUUUCCCCAAUUCAUUGUAUAUCACUUCCACUGCGCGGCUUCCAGCAAAUUAAAACACAACAUCAAACAUUAAAAACUUCAGAUGUCUUCUAAAAGUCAGGUAGUUUAUUUCCUUGACAUUUGAUGGGAAGGCCUUUCACAGGGCGGGCGCCACCACCAAGAAGGCCCUCUACCUGGUUCCCUGUAACCUCACUUCUCGCAGGGAGGGAACCGCCAGAAGGCCCUCGGAGCUGAACCUCAGUGUCCGGGCUGAACAAUGGGAGCGGAGCUGCUCCUUCAGGUAAACAAAGCCAUUUAGAGGUUUUGUUGUAUGGUUCUGCUAUCUUCGUUUGUUUUUUAGGUUAACUCCGAGGAUGAUCGUGGAGUGGUGUUUGCAAGCUGGUCAGGGAAAUAUACUGGUGGUACGCCGCCUCUAGCCUGGACAGGAAGUGUCCCCAUUUUGCAGCAGUAUUACAGAACCAAAAAAAGUGUCUUGUAUGGUCAGUGCUGGGUUUUCUCUGGAGUGCUUACCACAGGUGAGGCAUGCAUUUUGGAGGGAAUUCAACUAACCAAAUCCUCCAUCUUUGCGAGCAGCCUUCUUUUGAUGGAUACAAUACAAGAAGCUGGGAAAUAAGAGUGGGGCUGUUUCCCUCAAACCAAGCUUGCAGGCUCCCCACUAAUAUAUUGGAAACGGGGUGUUGCACUAGGUCAGGGGUCGCCCACCUUUUGGACCCCAGUGGGCACAUUUCAAAUUUUGAGGAAGUGCUAUGGGCGCCAUUCACAAAAUGGCUGCCAGGUUGUGCCACAAAAUGGCUGCUGUGAGGGGAACUGCACAUAGUAUACCAUUACUACUGUUCCAUUAACCCAGGGACUAUCUCAUGCUUUCUGUGACAAGUCAGCUAUGUCCACUGGUCCUGACUGUAGAGAUCAAAGGGGAUCAUUCCCUUGUACCAGGAAAAAUAUACAAGCAUUGCUAUCUCUCUUGCACACAGACCCACUUGCUGCACAUUUGCAGGUCAGAGACACGCCAAGCGUCUCUGCUUCUCACUCAAAUACACACACAUCUCUUCCUGUCCUUCCCUUCAUGGUGGUGCCUGCUGCCAGCUCCACAGACCUGGUGGGCAACAAACAAUGAAAUAAGAUGGGCCACUAAACAAGCAGGGAUCCACUCUUGCCAACUCCCUCCCCAGUGCCCAACAGCAUCAAGGAAGACCUUUGUGGGUCUUCAAACUGUUGUACAACUGCACAAUUGAGAUCACGGCACCAUUUGCCCUCCUAUUCCAGCCCAACCUCAUAUCUCCUUCUGUGAACUGAGCUCAUUCUUAUCCCUUGGAAUAUUUCCCCUGAUUAAAUUCUGAACUCUAAUGGGUGUUGAGUGUGGCUGAAAGGAGCCGACUGAAUCUGGAGCCGACAUCCUUCUCUGUGUUUCAGUUAUGCGCAGCCUGGGGAUUCCAGCCAGGAGCGUGACCAAUUUUGCUUCAGCUCACGACACAGAGGAAAAUCUUAAAGUUGACAUUUACUUGAAUGAAAACGGAGGAAAAAUGGAGAAUCUAACAACAGACUCGAUUUGGUAAUCAUCGCUACAGAUUACUAACUAACUCUUUCUGAAAUUCCCACUCGUGGGGAAAAAAUGGUUGUUAAGGAGCAAGUUGAGAGCCUAACCCUUAUUGCAUUUAAUAUCAUCCUCUCCACCCCAUCCUUGGUCUAGUUUCAUAUACUGAGAUGCCUGGAAAUUCAUCAGAUUACACUGAAUUGUUAAAUCGAUGGCCAGUUACUAUUUAUGCCUUCCUAUACCGUCCAAUUCUAAUGUCUGUUUGAUCAUGAAAGUACAGCUGAUGAUAAUUUUUGAUUUUAAUUCUGAAACCUGACUGAAUACAGGAACUUCCACGUAUGGAACGAUGUCUGGAUGAAAAGGCCGGACUUACCAAAGGGCUUUGAUGGCUGGCAGGCGAUUGAUGCCACCCCUCAGGAAAAGAGUCAAGGUAAGACUUGGCUGAAAUUUGCAGGAAUGGAUGUCUUCUGUGCAGAUGAAGCCUGCCAAAUUUCAGACAGACAGGUGCUGUGUGUGUGGUGUGCAUGCGCAAGCAAGGGAACUCUUCAAAGUUUGGAAGUAAAGAGAUUUGUUCAGUGUUUUUAUUUGCAAAUACCACGUAUGAUAAUAUUUCCUGGUUGAAAAUCAAAGCUGUCAGUCCCAAAACUAAACCUUCCUUCUUUCCCAUCUUCUCUUCUGGUGUUUUCAUUAUAUGGAGAGCUUGGGGAUAUGUAACAAUUUUAAAGAAACAGUCUUGAGUUCUCUGGACUGCUGCAGUUUCAAGGCGGUCCUGAAGUUUAACUAGCAGAUUUAGUGAGUUGCAGAUGCCUUGAAGUACAUUUGAUUCAUCUUGGAAUAAGUCUAAGCCGAAGGCCAGGCAGAACAGCUCUGUCUUGCAGGCCCUGCAGAAAGAUGUCAAAUCUCACAGGGCCCUGGUCUCUUGUGACAGAGCGUUCCACCAAGUUGGGGCCAGUGCUGAAAAGGCCCUGGCCCUAAUUGAAACCAAUCUGACCUCCUUGAGGCUCGGGACCUCCAAAGUGUUGUUAUUUAUGGACUUUAAGGUCCUCUGCGGGGCAUACCAGGAGAGGCGCUCCCAUAGGUACGAGGGUCCUAGGCCGCAUAGGGCUUUAAAGGUCAAAACCAGCACCUUACACCUGACCCUGUACUCCACCGGGAGCCAGUGCAGUUGGUAAAGCACUGGGUGAAUAUGCUCCCAUGGCAGAGACCCCGUGAGGAGCCUCGCCGCUGCAUUCUGCACCCACUGGAGUUUCUGGGACAGCUUCAAGGGCAGCCCCGCGUAGAGCGAAUUACAGUAGUCAAGCCUGGAGGUGACCAUCGCAUGGAUCACUAAAUUUCUCCAAAGUCACCCAGUUUGUCUCAGAAUUUGGGAUUUGUCAGAAUUGAAUUCACAACCCAAUACACCAUAUGAUUCCAUGCAAGAAGUUUUGUUUAGUCACGUGAAUUAUGAAAAUGUGGUACAGUGGUGUGUCCCAACAACAUAUUCUAAUAUCCACCUUUUCUACCACGCUGAGACCCAGCUCAGUAUAAUCUUAGAACAGACAAAUUCUAUGGACUUCCUGACAUGAUCCAAGUAUUUUCAUAGAUGCAAAACUGCAGGUGACAAAGACCUGCAAAUGACAGUGAAGGUUAAUUGAAAACAUAGCACACCAGGAGCUGCAAUUUUAGAAUAGUUAUUGCUAUUAUUUAGCUGUCAUUGAAUUCUGGGAAUUCUGGGUGAACAUACAAAUAGUAAAACAGCUGAUGUAGGUUGUGUAUGUGUGUUUUUUUACAGGGAUUUACCAGUGUGGCCCUACUCCAGUAAAUGCAAUCAGAAAGGGAGAAGUCUAUCUUCCCUAUGACUCCAAGUUUGUGUUUGCUGAAGUGAAUGCAGACAGAGUCUUUUGGCUCGUAAAGAAUGUGGAUGGCAAGGAAACAUACACCAAACUGCGUGAAGAAACCAAAGUAAUAGGGAAGAGCAUCAGCACCAAAGCUGUUGGGAAGGACACUCGUGAAGACAUCACAGGCCAAUACAAAUUUCCUGAAGGUGACCAAAACACAGAAGUAUUUUCUGUCAGGGGAGGAAAUGAUUAUUUUCCACACAGACUAGUAAUUUCAGAUGGAGGCUUCUUGGGUAAUAAUAAUAAUAAUAAUUUAUACCCUGCCCAUCCGGCUGGGUUUCCCCAGCCACUCUGGGCGGCUCCCAACAGAAUAUUAAAAACACGAUAAAACAUCAAACAUCAAUAACUUCCCAAUACAGGGCUGCCUUCAGAUGUCUUCUAAAAGUCAGAUACUUGUUUAUUUCCUUGACAUCUGAUGGGAAGGCGAUCCACAGGGUGGGUGCCACUACUGAGAAGGCCCUCUGCCUGGUUCCCUGUAACCUCACUUCUCGCAAUGAGGGAACCGCCAGAAGGCCCUCGGAGCUGGACCUCAGUGUCCAGGCUGAACAAUGGGGGUGGAGAUGCUCCUUCAAGUAUUCUGGGCCGAGGCCAUUUAGGGCUUUAAAUGUGAGCACCAACACUUUGAAUUGUGCUCGGAAACAUAUUGGGAGCCAAUGUAGGUCUUUCAGGACUGGAGUAGGUCUUUCAGGACUGGGUCUCAGCCGGUGUUAUAUGGUCUUGGUGGCCGCUCCCAGUCACCAGUCUAGCUGCCGCAUUCUGGAUUAGUUGCAGUUUCCGGGUCACCUUCAAAGGUAGCCCCACGUAGAGCGCAUUGCAGUAGUCUAAGCAGGAGAUAACCAGAGCAUGCACCACUCUGGUGAGACAAUCCGCGGGCAGGUAGGGUCUCAGCCGGCGUACCAGAUGGAGUUGGUAGACAGCUGACCUGGACACAGAAUUAACCUGCGCCUCCAUGGACAGUUGUGAGUCCAAAAUGACUCCCAGGCUACGCACCUGGUACUUCAGGGGCACAGUUACUCCAUUCAGGACCAGAUAGUCCUCCACACCUGCCAGCUCCCGUCCCCCAAAAACAGUACUUCUGUCUUGUCAGGAUUCAACCUCAGUAUCAGAAAUGGGUGGCAUUUAUUGCCUUAAACGAGUAAAACAAACAAAACAGAACCUUCAGCUUUGCAAAUUGUACACCUAAAAUGUAAUGGAUUCAUGAGGCAAACAUGUUUGGAAACGCAUAUAUCUCUCAGCCAUGCUUGUCAAGUAACUAAUUUGGGUUUGCCAUCCUCUACACUUCACAGAAACCUGGCUAACAGGUAGUGUUUGAAGUGCCCUUAGUCAGAAAUUAUACACACUCAUAAAAUAUUUUGGCUAGAGAUUCAGAUACCAUGUCUUCAUCCUGAGAGAGUGAGCAUGGCCUGCCAUGCUCUUUAUAUUUGACAAAAACAAAGGGUAUUUUUGCUCUGGCCAUGCCAUGCAGCUGACAACGGAAAAUGUUUCCAAUGACGCCAGGGUCAAUUGUUUCCCCGCUUUCCUGUUUUUGCAGAGAGUCCCGAGGAAAGGAAAGCUGUGGAGACGGCUUGUUCCUAUCUGCAGUCUAACAAUCUGGGAAUCUGUGAAGUGACACCUCCCCCUGAACCCCUCAAGGCGAACUUGAAACUUGGAAUGGAAGGAGAGAAAGAAUUGUGGCCAGGGCAGCCGAUUGAGUUGAAUCUUAUUAUAACGAACGAGUCUGCAGGUGCCUGGACAGUCAACGUUGCAGCAUCGUGCCAGUUAGAAUCAUAUACUGGGAAAGUGGAGGCUAGCCUUGCCACCAUCAAACAGACUGUCCAAACAAAAGACAAGGCAGGUGUGUAUACCUGAAAACGGCUGUUCUAAACCACAUGCUUUUUGAUGCCAUGAUCGCUGCCCACUUCCCUACAGGAGGAGAGCCUCUCCCUGCUGGAAACACAGCUGUUUUGAGCAAUGUACAGAGCUCCUUUUGCAGAGUUAGAACAUUGAGAACUGCCUUAUGCCAAGUCAGACCAUUGGUAUAUCUAUCUCAAAAGGGACUCAGGUGGCGCUGUGGUCUAAACCACUGAGCCUCUUGGGCUUGCCAAUCGAAAGGUCGGCGGUUUGAAUCCCCGCGACGGAGUGAGCUCCCGUUGCUCUGUCCCAGCUCCUGCCAACCUAGCAGUUCGAAAGCACACCAGUGCAAGUAGAUAAAUAGGUACCACUGUGGCGGUAAAGUAAACGGCGUUUUCGUGUGCUCUGGUUUCCGUCACGGUGUUCCGUUGCGCCAGAAGCCAUUUAGUCACGCUGGCCACAUGACCCGGAAAGCUGUCUGUGGACAAACGCUGGCUCCCUCAGCCUGAAAGUGAGAUGAGCGCCACAACCCCAGAGUCACCUUUGGCUAGACUUAACCGUCCAGGGGUCCUUUACCUUUUAUAUUUAGCUCAGUAAUUUCUACACCAGGGAUCAGGAAACUUUUUCAGCAAGGGGCCGGCCCACUGUCCCUCAGACCUUGUGGGAGGCCGGACUAUAUUUUUUGGGGGGAAAUGAACGAAUUCCUAUGCCCCACAAAUAACCCAGAGAUGCAUUUUCAAUAAAAGCACACAUUCCACUCAUGUAAAAACACCAGGCAGGCCUCACAAAUAACCCAGAGAUGCAUUUUAAAUAAAAGGACACAUUCUACUCAUGUAAAAACAUGCUGAUCCAUUGGCGGGCCGGAUUUAGGAGGUGAUUGGGCCGGAUCCGGUCCCCAGGCCUUAGUUUGCCUACCCAUGGUCUACACUGACUUGCAGUGGUCCUGCAGGGUUUCUGGCAGGGUUCUGUAGAUGCCAGAGAAUGAGCCUGGGACCUUUUACAGGCAAGGAUCUACCACUAUAGCUAAAUCCCUUCUCUCGCCAGGUCUUUCACUCUCUCACUGGUUUAUUUGUAGUGUUUUCCAGUUGGAAGCAGGAGGCACUGAGGAAUAGGGUUGCCACCUUUCGGCAAAAUAAGGGACAGGUUGGGGUGUGUGGGGGAUUGGGAAGCUAAAGAUUACCGUAUUUUUCACUCUAUAGGACGCACUUUUCCCCCUCCAAAAAUUAAGGGGAAAUGUGUGUGCGUCCUAUGGAGUGAAUGCAGGCUCCUUGGCUUCAGUGAAAGCAACGCGAAGCCUCCAAAGCGCAGAGGGAGCACUCCCUCCGCGCUCCGGAGGCUUCGCUUUGCUUUCGCUGAAGCCUGGAGAGCGAGAGGGGUCGGUGCGCACUGACCCUCUCGCUCUCCAGGCUUCAGGGAUAGCCACCUGAAGCCUUCGGAGUGCAGCGGGAACUCGCGCUGCACUCCGGAGGCUUCGGGUUCCUUUUGCUGAAGCCGGGAGAGCAAGACUCUCCUGGCUUCAGCAGAGAUGGAGAGCUGCACAGCGCCCCUUCAACCAAGCGGGAGGAGAAAUGGAAGGGGCUCUGUUUCUCCUGCCGCUUCGCUGAAGGGGCGCUGAGCAGAGAGGGGGAGAAUUUUUUUUUCUUCUUCUCCCCCUCUAAAACAAGGUGUGUCCUAUGGCCGGGUGCGUCCUAUAGAGCGAAAAAUACGGUACUUUACCUGGUAAAGAAAUGACUUCAAAGCGACCCAUUACAAUCAUCAAAUGGAAGCUGUCAGUACCUGCAAACAAUCCAGCAACAAUACUGAAAGGCAGUGCUCCCCACCUGCUGAAUUUCUGCCUGCCAGGAGGAGGAUAAAUGUAGAAACCCAGUCGAAACAAAAAAGAAAGGAAGGUGGGGACAGAUAGCAGCAAAUUCUUAGCUUUGAAGGGGCCGAGGCUGUUGCUCCAGGAAACAUUUCUUCUUAGAGCCAUUGGUAAGAGUUUGGCCCAACUCAGAAGAACCUUCUGGCGAGCUCUAUUGGCUAGCCUGGAGCAUCAAUCAGCCAGCUUUGGAGGGUGGGCUCAACACAAAGGAGGAAACUCUAAUGCUGAUUUUAUUUUUUCAUGACUCUGAAAAUGGGUUUGACCCUUCUGGUCCCUUCCAUCUCUAAAAAUUCUAUAACUGUGACUCGAUAACACCAUCCCAUAUGCAAGGCCCGCGGGCUUCCUCCUUCUGCAUUGUUCCUCUUCCUAGCUGUCUCCUCUUUCUGUUGGUGCAGUUAAUUCCAUCCCUCUGAAAAUAGCAGCUGAUGCUUACCUGAAAGCACUGAUGUCAAUAGAAGAUGAACUUCUGGUCAAUGUCAACAUUAUUGCCGAGGUUCAAGAAACAAACGAGAAGCUCACGGAAGAGCUGUCUUUAACCUUCAAGUACCCACCUCUGAAAGUGGAGGUAAGAAGUUAAAUAAUAUUAGCUCGGUGCAGGGUGGUCAGUUUAUGUAAAACCCGAGAGCAGAUGAGCUGGAAAGAAAAAUAAUAUAAAAUAAUAUAAAAUAAAAUAGGUGAAUGGAGAAGGGGCUCCACUGAAUUAUAUGCCGUAUUUUUCGCUCUAUAAGAUGCACCAGACCAUAAGACGCACCUAGUUUUUGGAGGAGGAAAACAAGAAAAAAUAUAUUCUGUAUCGCAGAAGCCAGAACAGCGAGAGGGAUCGCUGUCAGGCUUAUGGGAUAGCCGUGCGAAGCCUCUUCAGGUCAGGGGGAGCCUUCAUCCCGCUGCCCUCAACAGGCUUCACGCGGCUAUCCCAGAAGCUAGAACAGCGAGAGGGAGCGCUACACAGCUGUUCUGGCUUCUGGGAUAGCUGCGCAGCCUGCAUUCACUCCAUAAGACGCACACACAUUUCCCCUUACUUUUUAGGAGGGAAAAAGUGCAUCUUAUAGAGCGAAAAAUACGGUAUAUUAGCUAGCAGGGCAAACACUGCUGCCUUAGGGCUCCACUUACCUCAUCUGUUCAGAUGGGGUUUGGGCUCGGAGGAAGUGUGUUUUGGCCCCAAGACCCAUAAUAAAUUCCAAGUUUUACUUCUGGAGUGACAGUGGCUCAGUGCACCUGGUCAGUCUAGGUCCCAGAACUGGCCACUAGGAACUGACUUCUGCUAGGUUAUAGUUCUCCCCAAACCAGUGGAACUCCCUUCCAUAGCAGACCUUGCAUCUAUACAUUGUCAGAACAAGGAAAUCACACACUUACAAUACUUACCUGGCCAUCCAGGAGGGUGACUGGAGGGGAAAGAAAGGCAAGUGUUAUAAGAAAAACUGCUCCCUUUCCCUUAUGGGGUAUUCCAGAGCCCGUAUAGAGUCCUUAAGUGGCUUUCCUAUUGGUAGGAGAAAACAGAGGCCAACCAGAGUAUAUUGAGAAGCAAAGCGGCUAGUAAGCCUGAUCUUUAUUAAAGGAACUGUUGCAACAGGGUCCCCACUCACCACACGCAGGAGGGAGGAGAACCCCAAACAAUGGUGUGCAAGCCCACAUAUAGACUUUUGAAAUUGCCCACCCUGUAGCCCAAGACCACCCCCCCCCCAAAACAUCAUACAUACAUCACAGAAGGAGGCGAUCUACAGCAGAAAGACAUCACAGGAGGUGGUCUAUAGCAGAAAGACAUCACAGGAGGUGGUCUACAGCAGAAAUCCUGCCUGCCAGGAUACCUGAUAAUGGUCACUGAUUGUAUUACCUGGCCAGUCUGGCCAUGAUUUUGUGAUGGUUAAUACUUUAGUUCCUGAAUCCAGGUCACAGGCUCACCCUAAUCAUACACAAAUGUGCUCUUAAGAUAGGAUUUGCAAGCAAAAAAACAAAUGUGAAGGCUUUCCCUAUUUGCCUCCCUUACUGCAGAGGAAUAUUUGAGGUCACUGGGAGAGUCAAAAUGGCUUCAGGAUUGCUCCCCCACACUAUUUCAGACACAUGGUUCAUAUAUUCAGAUAUGUGUGCAUUUAUGAAUAUUUAUUCUAGAUUUCAGACCUUAAAAUUUUUGUAACACAAGCAAGGGGAUGGUUUGAACUCCCCACAAUUUUUCUCCUACCCUAACCCAGCUCCCUUUCCCCGCAAUAUUGUGCCUUCAGACCUGUCUAUGGAUGGUGAACAUUCACAAUCAUAACCUUCCUAUUGUUUUUAUAUGAAUGUGGAUUGCAUACACCUGACGUUUCCUUUCGUCAUCUCGAAUCCGUUCUUCAGUGGCCCUUCUUUCUUUUGCAGAUGGCAGACACUGCAAAGAUCAACCAGGAUUUUACCUGUGCGUUUAUUUUCAAGAACACACUGUGCAUUCCCUUGGAAAACUGCAAACUGCACGUAGAAGGCCUUGGCAUCUUUACGAUGGAAACGUUUGAUCAAGGGUAAGGUGCAUGUAGCUAAAAGGGGGCAACAUGCUGUGCACUGUUUUGCUGGCACUGCCUCUCUGACCUCCUCCCCUGGACCUUAAAGGAGAAGUUCAGUCUAGAACUUGAAAUUGUAAUAGUUCUUUCCCCCCCUUCUAUUGCAGUAAUCACUCACAGGAUUACUCAGAUUCGGUGGAGGACAAGGCUAUCAAGAUGAUGCCUAUGUUCUGUCUCCAUCAGAGGCAGUAUGCCUCUCGGUACCAAUUUCUGGGAAUUGCAGGAGGGGAGAAUGCUGUCGUCCUCAGGUCCUGCUUGCAUCUUCCCAAAGGCAUCUGGAUGCUCCCUGUGAGAACAGGAGGUUGGACCAUUAAGAGCCAAAGAACCGCCAUGUUGAAUUUGUCUAGCAUCAUCUCUCCAAGACUAGCCAGACUGUUGAUCAUUUGUUUGAGCUGCAUACAGCCGUUAAAAGGGGAUGCAGGUGGUGCUGUGGUCUAAACAAGGGACGUCCAACUCCCAAUAGCCAGCGAUCUACUCACAAUAUUAAAAAACUGGCAGUGAUCUGCCAGAGUUGUUGAGGUGGUUGAGCUUUUUCUGGAAAGGCAAAGCUGUUGAUCUUGUUUUGGAAAGGCAAAGUUGUUGAGCUUCUUUUAGGAAGCCAGAGUUGUGGAGGUUUCUUUGGGAAGCCAAAAUUUUGAGCUUUUUUGGGAAAGCCAAAGUUGUUGAGCAUUUUUUUUGGGGGGGGGGAGGGGAGGGGAACACUGAGGGGCCAGAGAUCUACCAGGAACGCCCCGCGUUCUACCAGUAGAUCACGAUCUACCUGUUGGACAUGCCUGGUCUAAACCACUGAGCCUCUUGGGCUUGCCGAUCAGGUCGGCAGUUCAAAUCCACAGAACAGGGUGAGCUCCCAUUGCUCUGUCCCAGCUCCUGCCAACCUAGCAGUUAGAAAGCAUGUAAAUAGGUACUGCUGUGGUGCGAAGGUAAACGGCGUUUCCGUGUGCUCUGGUUUCCAUCACUGUGUUCCGUUGCACCAGAAGCGGUUUAGUCCUGCUGGCCACAUGACCCGGCAAGCUGUCCGUGGACAAACGCAGGCUCCCUUGGCCUGAAAGUGAGAUGAGCACCAUAACCCUAGAGUUGCCUUUGCCUGGACUUAACUGUCCAGGGGUCCUUUAUCUUUUUUAUUCAAUGCAACAUCUCUCAUUCAUCAUUUCCUAGACUGGAAGAUACCCCGUUUGACAGAUCCACAUAUCUACAAAUAUCUCACACAAUUCAUGCGCACCAUGUUGUGGUUGCCACGUAGCUGGUAGGCAUGACAUGGAGCCCUCAAUCAGUUUUGCCCACCUCAUUACCAACCAAGCCCAGUGUUGUAAGUCUGGCAAUUCAUGAAGCCACUUCCAGGCAUUUUCCUCUUCAUUCCUCUCCUGAUUCGAGGAGAGCACCAAAAGGGCAAUCCUACUUGUGUAGGAGCUCCUUCGCGUGGGCUUUUGAUUGUGGAUACACUCCCCCAAGGAAUCUAGCACACAUAGAGCUAUGAUAUGUGAGUCUUUGUCAUUUUAUUUUUUAUCCUUUGUAGGGACAUAGCGCCGGGUGGAAUCUUUAAAUCAAAAAUUGUGUGCGCACCAAGGAGAGCCGGACUGAAGAAGAUUGUGGCCAAACUGAACUCCACCCAGCUGAAAGGAAUAACUGCGGAAAAGAUUAUUUCAAUCACAGAGUAGCUGUCAUUCCAAAACGCCAUCAGGCGCUGUCAGUGGCGGUGUGUGCAAUGAAAGAGCCUUGUUGACGCUGCCUGAAGUCUUGAUUAUGUGCCCAAACAUAGGAGAGUGAGAGACAUAAAUGCGAUAUUAAGGGAGUUUAAAGUGGCUUAAGCUGUUUUGAUUCUAGCUAAUGGGAAUUUAAUAGAGAUUAUUCAAAUCUGUUCUUGCAUGUGUGGCGAUUUAGCAGCUUAUGGUAACUAAAAGCAUGAUCUGUGAACUCUGGAGUGGGUUAGAGCUGUCUCUGUUUUCCUUUUGCCUGCACUUCUGAGCUUUGUGUAACGUCAGCAAUCCUUGUUGACUUCUUAUUCCUUUUGGCGUAUGUGGCUACUUCUGCCAUUUUCUUACUUCACAUCGUUUGUAGGCCCAACUGCAGUACAUUACGAAUGUGACAGCAAACUAGUGCGGCUAUAAACUGAGCCCCAAAAUACAGAGGGGUAAAAAGAUCAUCACAACCACCAGCAACUAAAGACAAAACAGCAGGUGUGAGAUGAAAAUAUCGAUUCUUUAAUAAGUACUGUUACACAGUCGAAGUCGGAAAACGAGGUACAAAGAGCAAAAAAUAGAACACGUGAGAUUUGUAAAUGUACACACUCUUUAGUUGCAUAGAAUAGGCUAGUGCACAGUCUGCUUGUGAAAAUAAAAGAAUAUUUUCUUGCAUGCUGGCUCCCAGCCCAUCAUUUAUUUAAAGCCUUUGAAACGAAGGCACCUUUAGCUUCCAGAACAGAUGCAUUUCUUAUUUAAGACGUACUUCUGGUUUCAAGCAAACACUGGGGUCAAUGGUUGCACAAUAUUGCAGUACAUGAUGAGUUUAAUGCACAAGAGCAUCUUCAACACAGCCGAGGUGCCACUUGUGCAAAUACUUAAGAUACUUCGCUUAAGGCAGGAUAUUCUGCUGGCUUCAACUGAGCUAUUCACAGUAGGUGGAAAUACACCUAGAAAUGUAAACACUGGAUCUCAGAUCAAGAAGCUCAUUUGGUGUGAAGUACCUUCUUGGGCUCAAGCCUAAAAGUCUCUCCGAUAAAUGAACAGAACAGUGUCUAAAUUCAUUUGGGUUCGGAAAGGGGGAAGGCAAGAUUAGAAGCUUUGGUCAAUUAACCUUGGUAUUCUGUAAAACCGUAAAGCUUUAUAAAAUGGCCUGGGGACCUGAGUAAGGCACUUUUAUUCAGUGUAAGGGAAAUAGCUCCUGCUAAAAUAUUGAAUCCCAAAUUGCAUUUAUUCCUCAAUUUUUCCUGUUUUUAAUUUUUAAAAAAGGAUGGAAGGGGAAGAAUGGAAAUCCAUCGCUAGAGGGUAUGUGACCAUAGUAACCAACUCCCAUGGGCCGAGGUCCCUUCAACCCCCACCCACAAUAAAAUAUUUGAGGGGCUGAGUCCCUCCACAGUUGCUGGGCGUUGCCAUUCAAAUGGUGUGCAUGCCAUGAGUCUUGUGAUGGGUUGUGCAGGGUGGGGCUUACCUGGGGCCCCCAAUACAGUCAUACCUUGGAAGUCGAACAGAACCUGUUCCACAAGCCCGUUCGACUUCCAAAACCAAAGCACAGCUUCUGAUUGGCUGCAGGAAGCUCCUGCAGCCAAUCGGAAGCCCUGUCGGACGUUCGGCUUCCAAAAAUAGUCCGCAAACUUGAACAGUCACUUCCGGGUUUGCGGCGUUUGGGAGCGAAAAUGUCCGACUACCAAGGCAUUCGACAACCAAGGUUACGACUGUACAGGACAGGGAGGGAAAGCAGAAUCCCUCUGUCAAAAACCAAUAAAUGUCACAAGACCACAGUGGCUUGGAUUUUACCUUCUAUUCAGAGAACACAACCCAGCUCCCUUCACAGAAAAGGGCUCUCUUGCUUUCUCCUUCAAUCCACUGGCAACCACGGGAAGCAGAAAUUUUGCGUAAUUUGUGUGAGUGGAAUUGCUUUCCCCUCACGGAGCCCCCGCUUUGGAGCCCAAGCCACUGGGAGCCUGCCUCUUGCUGCAUUUACCUUACGCAGGCAGCGUCAAAGCAGAAAUCUGCCAAUUGUUAGACGGUUCUCACUUUAGGCCCUUAGCACUGCAAUAGUAGCUAUUACGAUUUAACACUAGUACUUUGGAAUGCAAAAAAACACGAAAACCACCCCAAUCCUGCCAGCAAAGGCACGACAUAGGUCCCUUUCGAAAAGGCAUGUUUUCCCACACGGAUGGCGAGCUAAAGAAUUUAAGUAAUUAGCAUUUCCUGAACUGUUCACGGGCAGGAAUUCAUAUUAAAGGCCACACAUUAUUUUCCUAUUUAUUCCCCACGCUCAGGACUAUUUAUUAGGGCAAUAAAAUUAGAAUUUUUGUUAGGCAUUUUGCUAAUAGGUGCUCUACUGAUAGCAGUGGAGAGGCUCCUUACAGAAAAAUAUGGAUUACUGAACGGAUUGCGACGGUCCCUCUAAGACAACCGGCAAAUAUGAGCUAGGAUCACUGUUGAGUAGCAAGUUGCUAUGUUCCCAUAUUUGACAUUUAGCCUUCAAACAUGGGCAGGUACAAAUACAUAGCCUGUCCGCAGUGUCAAAGAAUUCCGUGCCUUAUUCCAAUUCAAGAGACUUGUUUUUUUAAUGCAACUCCCAGACACAAAGCCAGAAGGUGAGUUGAAAAUUUUGCCAUGUAGCAGGAGAGGUUGCCAAGAAUCAUCAUUGCAGAUCUAUCCAUUCUAUUUGGCCGUUGCUUUUAUGCUUAUUAAAUCCCGCCAGAAAAGAAUUCCACACACUUAAUAGGCACAUAACAAUCAUGACCGUCUGUGUUUCUUUUCUUCACUGAGUCCUCAGGUUUGAAUUAGGGACUCGCAUAUUAUGUAUUGUGGAAUUCCAAAUAUUUUGACAGCUGCCAUUUUGAUAUAUUUAUCAAUUUCCAUUUAUAAAACUACAAUGCCUCUCUUCCUCCAAUUAUAUAGCUCCAUUAUCCCUUCUAAAAUGAUAUACUGCUUUAGAAUCAAGCAGGUAUUUAACUGAAGGCUGGCAAGUUGUAACUUGGACAGUGUGCGGAGGGAGUGAAGGUAUAACUGCUCCUAGAUUUUCCUUCCCCUUUGUUUGCUAGUUUAAAAAGGACCAGGUGAUAAGCAAAACCUCUGCCUGAAAUCUUGGGAGAGUCCUUGCCAGUCAGAUUUGACAAUAUGGGCUAAAUGGACCAGUGGUUUGACAGCAUCACAGACCCCUGCUCAUGUCCUGUAAGGGGUGGGGGGAAGAGUACAGGCAAAAAGGACCGGGGAGGAAUGAGCAGGAGUUUAAAAAGGUACGCACGCAUAUGCUCCCAGUUACGAGACAGCCCUAGCUUAACUUCAAUCCCUAGUCCCAAAAUGGUGGGAAUCUCUGAGAGCUUUUCAGUUCCCUUUUUGAUACCUGAAAAUUAGCUUCCCGUUUUAAAAUUAGCUGUAUUUCGAUUAUAUUUUGUUAUCAAUAAAGCUUUAAGUCCUAAUACAGUGGUACCUUGGUUCUCGAACUUAAUCCGUUUGACUCCUGAACCUGUUUGAAAACCAAGGCGCGGCUUCCGAUUGGCUGCACUCAAUCGAAAGCUGCGUCGGAUGUUCGGCUUCUGAAAAAUGUUCGCAAACCCGAACACUUGCUUCCAUGUUUGUGGUGUUCGGCAGCCAAUUUGUUCAGGAGCCAAGCCGUUCGAGAACCAAGGUACCACUCUAAUAGGCUAGGAUCAAAAGAGCUACUCCUGGAUAUUUUUUUUCCCUUUAAAUGUCACACAGCUCUUUUAAUCAGGACGCCCCCCCCCCUCGUAAGCUGCUUUAGAAACUCCCUUCAGUUUCAAAAAAGUGUUUUGCUAUGCCCUAAUAGGCAGUGGGAGCUGACACUUAAAAGCAACACAAAACCCCAAAGCACAAAGAACACAGGUUGUUGUUUUUUAGAUCCUAGCUAUACUGAGCUCAUCCAUCACAGAGCUCUCCCUGUUCCCUCUAUUUUUACAAAAAGACAACGGAUAAGGUGCUAAAUGGGCUCUCCCAACUGAUAAACAACAUAAAACGCAAAAAUCCCCUUGGUAAAUUAUUAUUUUUUUAUAGCACCUGGUAUUAAAAGGGAAGAUUGAAGAAGCUAUUUGUCUCUUUCUUAAGUCUUUGCUUCCAGAAACAUUCUUGUUCUUAAAAACACUGCAUCACAUGUAUCUUCUCUUGCAUGGGGGUCGAGAUUCAAUAACACUGCGGCACUUGUUGUUCCCAGACUGCUCACUAGGCCCUACAGCUGCAAAGUAACCCGUCUCUGUUUUUAUUAGAGAUGCUCAGUAUCCUCAACACUGAAAGUUAACCCUUUUGAGAUACACGAGAAUAUUCACUCAAGGCUCUGCCAUUCAAAGCGAUCAGCCAAGUUGCUAUGAUAAACCAGCCUCACGAGAACAAUUUACAAAAAGAUGUGCUUUGGCCUUCAAGCUUCUACACCAGGCCAGAACCACAAUUGCAACAGUUCUCUUUCAGAGCCAGAGACUCUCUGUGCUGCAAAUUACCGAAUUUUUCGCUCUAUAAGACACACCAGACCACAAGACGCAC